AUGAACAAAAGAGCUGCUCGAGGUGAAGCGUAUGAGCCGACACGUUAUGAACAUGUCGCAAAUAUCCUUUCUCAUGGAGUAGCAAUACUUCCGAGUAUAUAUGGAACACAGUGCUUAAUUGCUGCGUCACGUCGUGAGUCAGAGCGAAACGUGUCCAUAAUUUACUGCUUUUUUAUUACGGUGCUUUUUACUACAUCAACAGCUUAUCAUACAUGUGAACUUUUUUCGUCCGGACAAGAAGAAAUUUCGUUAUUACCUUCAUAUAAUUGA